AUGUGGGCCACAGAUCUCUUCACGUUAUUAGUACAUAAAAAUUUAAUUAUAAGUAAUAAUUCCAUGAGAUAUGAAGCCUGGAAAUCACCUCCAGUACACGCAUAUCUAAGAGUUUAUAUAUUUAAUUAUACAAACGUUGAAGAAUUUGAAAAAGGAAUCGAUAAAAAACUUCAAAUACAAGAAUUAGGACCAUACACGUACAUAGAAAAAUGGGAAAGAGUCGAUGUUAGAUUUAAUAAAAACGGUACGGCAACGUAUAAAGAUAAAAAAAUCUACAUAUUUUCACCGGAAAAUUCAAACGGUAGCGAAUCGGAUAUGAUCGUGGUACCAAAUCUACCAUUUUUGUCUGCUCUGUCAUUUUUAACGGAAGCAACGGGUUUGGUACGAUGGGCUUUGAUAAAAUUUUUAAAUGCGAUCGGAGCCGAACCUUUUAUUAGUUUAAACGCAUCAGAUUUUCUUUGGGGAUACGAAGAUAAAUUUUCAAUGUUGGCAAGAGGAUUUUUAUCAUUUCGUUACGAUUUACCAUUUAAAAAAUUUGGUAUUCUUUCUUCUAAAAACGGAACUCAAAAAGAUGUCGUAACGAUUUACACAGGAGAAAAAGAUCCAAGCAAAACUGGCAUAGUUGUUAAUUACGAUGGUAAAACUUCACUUAAUUAUUGGAAUUCUGUAGAAUGUAAUCGAAUCGACGGUACGGAUGGUACAAUUUAUCCUCCAUCAUUAGUUCAUCCGAAUUCGACGCUUUACAUUUACACAAAAGAUCUCUGUAGGAAAAUGCCGCUCACGUAUUUUAAUGAAUAUUUAGACAAACAUGGAAUUCCCGUUAUGAAAUUUCGAGUACCCGAAAAUGUUUUCGCAAGCGGUCACGUGGAAAAAGAAAAUCUUUGCUUUUGUAGUAACGAAAAAACCGGCGUCAAAUGUUUACCUUCUGGUAUUUUUAACGUCGGCCCAUGUGCUUUUGAAGCUCCCGUUGUUACGUCACUACCACAUUUCUUAUACGGGGAUCCGAUUUUAUUUAAUGGAUUGGAAGGUUUAAAUCCAAACGUUUUAAAUCAUGAAUCUUUUGCGGAAAUCGAUCCUAAACUCGGAAUACCCGUCGGUGGUAAAUCAAGAUUACAAUUAAACAUAAUGUUAAUUGGCGAUUAUGGUUCUUCCAUGAGAAAUCGAGCUUAUAAGAAUUUAACGCUGUUUCCGGUUACUUGGAUGGAUUACGGUAUCGAUCGUUUGCCCGACGACGUGUCAGCCAUGAUAAAAAGUCUUUUAGCUUUCAUAAAAGUUGCUCAAUUUUCUCUCUCGUACGGAUUUAUUAUAUGCACAAUAGUUUUCGGUAUAUUAUUCGUUAACGGAUGUCGUCACAGUUUCAAAUCCGGUGGUAGUUUUUGCCUUAUUUUAUCUAAACAAAACAAACAAAAACAAAAUCAAAGCGAAGUUCAACUUUUUAUAAUUAAUGAAAAAAGAUGA